AUAACUGUGUUGUGGUAUCUGUGGGUGGACGGUGUUGGCUGGCUGCAUCGAUGAUUGACAGGUGCAUCGUCCAAUCCAGUAAUGGAUACUAGUGCCCGCCCCCACAAACAUGGCGAGGCUCAGUCUGUAGGCUGUGCUGGGAUAGUAAAGUUCCUGGGAAAUGUGGGUACCAGCUGACCUGCAUGUCGUAGUGUCUGAGCAGCAGGGCUGAGAAAAGCGCCCGUGUAUGAAUCAGCCGCUCAGUAAGAGCCUGCCUGCCUGCAGCAGCUCCAUCAUGGUCCGUGAGUGUUUUGUCAAAGCGUGCUUUAAUAAACAAAAGACGUGGUCGGCUACGAUGUUCCACCGCCUUCCACUGAGGGACGAGGAGCGGCUGAAGCUGUGGCUCAUCGCCCUCGGGGUGGACACCAGCACCCCGGUGGAGAAGCUCAAAGGCAAAGUGGUCUGCGAGGAGCAUUUCCAGCCCUGUGAUUACUACGAGAAGAUGGAGCUGGCGACCCGGACUAUGAGGCGUUUUCUGAGGGACUCGGCGGUACCUUCAGUCGGGGUUGUCCAGCCUCCUGGGGUCCAGGACUGUAGCCCCAAGGAUGAGCCAAGUCCAGCCCUUAGACUCGCCGAUCAACAGCAUUCAACAUCAACAACAUCAUCCUGUACCGUCUUGGCUCCGAGGACGAGGAGUGAAGGGAGACGUCAGAAGGUGUUUUCCGAAAAAGAAAAUACACCUACUCCACUUUCAACAUGUUCCGAGGUGGAAGAGAAAUCGUGGCGUAAAGCUGUCAAGAGCCUUCAAACGUGUCAUGGAACGAACAUUUUCAAGUGUAAUGAGGUGCUGGUGAGCACGCAGUGUUUGCUGGAGCUCUUCCAGUACUGUUGGCUCUGUCAGAUCGAGAGCUGCAUUACCAUUGAGGGCCAUGAGAGGCAGUUUUCAAUUACCCAGGACUGCCAGAGCUGUGGCCACCACAGACAGUGGAGGAGUCACCCCACUCCUCCUGAUGAGCCUGUGGAGGCCUUAAAUACGCAGCACAAACACCCUGAGGGUGCAGCAUCAUGCCCAGAGGUGGACCGCACACUACAGCCUGGGGAUGGGGAUAGCAAGGAGGUUGUGGUUGAGAUUGUGUCUUCGGAUAACGAGGGCACUGAACAGAACAGUGAGCAGAUGUUAAUCGAAAAAGACGGGUCGUAUUUAUCGAGCACUGAAGAUGAAUCAAGCGAGCAGGAAGAAGUGGAGAAAAAGAGAAAGAGGAAGUCUAAGAAGCAGGACAGUUCGGAUGAGUGGGAACCACAUUUGGACGAGGUGGCUGCAGACUCUGAUGUAUCUGUGGGUGAAGACGGCAGUUUAAUAGAGGAUGGUCAAAGUAAGGUUGUGAUGUGGUGCACAGUCUGCAGGACUGACGCUACGCUCUCUUGUUCCCUCCAUCGGCACAAAAAAGUGUUCGCCUGUGCCCAGUGCGGCGCUGGUGACGGCGUUGAGACCCAUAAUUUUGAAAAACUACUUGUUCACUUUGAUGACUUUCCCAGCUUUCAGAAACAUGCUGAAAAGGAACAUGGAGCCAAGCCCUUCCGUAAGCUCUGCCAGGAAUGCGGCAAACUUAUUUUAGCAGAGCCCAAAUCCAGCGGUUGUAAAGAUCAUGUGUGUGAACACAAGACCAAACCUAUCGUCUGUCCAGAGUGUGGGAAAAGAUUCCUUACCGAGGUUGGCCUAAAAAGACAUUUCAGUAAGCUCCAUAAGGACGCCGACCACCCGUGCAAAUACUGUUUGAAGCUCUUCACGAACAGGCCAUCAAAGCUGGAGCAUGAGCAGACCCAUCCGAAGGAAAAACAGCCCUACAGCUGUCCAGACUGUCCAGAGAGGUUUGACAACAUUUACAAACGCAACACCCACCUUAAGUUCCAUAGAGGUCCGUAUAAGUAUGCCUGCGACACUUGUGGGAAGCGCUUCAGGGACAUUAUCAAGCUGAAGAGGCAUAAGCUCAUUCACUCUGGAGAAAAGCCCUUCAGAUGCCAGGUGUGCGAUCGUUCCUUCAACCAAAUUGGAAAUCUCAGCUCUCACAUGCGUCUCCACACUGGGGAGAAGCCCUUCAUGUGUGAGCAGUGUGGAGAGUGUUUCAAUCACAACGUCAGCCUGAAGAACCACCUGAUGCGGUAUCAUUAUUCAGGAGAUAGACAGUGCCAAAGUGAUGCAGAGAAUAGGACACUGAAUAGAGGUGGAUGUUAAACUUUGGAUAAAGGACGAAAUCUUUAUCAGGAUGCACUCAGCAGAACAAGGGACAAUUCAACUACUGUGUUUUUGUUCCAUUUUAUCUUUAAGUUGUCAGUAAUUUUAAUCUUGGCUCUGGACUGAAUGAGAAAUGAGGGAGCCAUACUCUUUAAAGAGACUGAAUGUGCCAUACCACCAAACAAAACUCUCAAGAGACUGAAUGAUAUAGAUAAAUCUGGAUUUCUUUGCCCCCCAGAAUUAUUGGCACAUUUGGUAAAAGUAAGGAAAACUUUUUUACCUCACUAUUAAAGGUUUACUUCACUGAAA